AUGGGCCAUGAUUCAAGUGAUUUAGAGCAUGGGACGCGAAUCCUCGAGCGUGGUUUACCCAGUUUGGGGUCUGGUAAGACGACAUCGCAAGCAGCAUCACAAAUAACAUCGGGUAGUGAGACAACAUCGCAGACAUCAACGGCAUCCCGUACCACAAGUUUGCCGAAAUUGAGCUCCAAUGUACUCAGUUCAUCCAGUUCUAGUAGUUCCACCGUGUCUGCCCCCACGAUAACCCCGCCCUCAUCAGAGGGAAACCCAAAUAUCAGGACGACCAAUAAACCUGCUGGCACGGUUUUCAUCGCUGUGGGGUCGAUCGUGGGAGCUUUUUUCGGUGCACUUUUACUAUGUUACUUCAUCAGCGGCUACAUUUCACGUCGUAAAGCGCAGAAACAGCGCUACGAGGCCGUCGAACGUCAAUUUCAAUCCCAUGCAAGCGACACCUAUGAACCUUACAAGGAAAUAUCCAAUUCAGACUGGGAAAAAACCGAUUUCUCGGGUUUCAACAUUCCAUUCCACAAGAAGUCCACGUCUCAUAGCCUGGUUGCACUUGUAGACGACAAAAACGCAUCUAACAACUUCAGUGUUGAGAACUUCGCGUCCCCGGCUGGUCAGGACUUGUUUUCCACAAUUCAAAACGAUUCGGCCGCUUUACAGAACCGAAGAUCGUUAUUCAUAUCACCAACGGUCGAGAUCGUUAAUCAAAAACGCAAAAGUCAACUUUUCGCGGACACCAACAAUUCUUCAACGUCGCUCGUGUCUAAUUUGGAACCAGAUGUGCCUUUAACUCGACCCGAAAGAACCGUGUCGCCAGAACGCCAGAAAAGAGGUCACAGUCGCAGCAAAUCGAGCCUUGGAAACUUAAUUGCCACGGCACAAUCGUCGCCUACUCGCCGUCCUCUCCCCGACAGGAAGGAAACGCCUUCCAUGGUUUUGAACAAAAUGUUCGACGACGACGAAUCAUAG